UCAAAACAACGCAGGAGAAAGCACUGCCAUGAACUAGAACUUUCAGAGAAAGAAAAGCAACAGACAGCGGAAUCGGAGUUGCGGCAACUCCGACAGCAGUUUCGGAAGAUGGUAGAGCAACGCAAGUCUUUUAAUUUCAAAUCUCAGCGGCAGAUUCAGAGCCAGUAUAAAGAGAUAAGUAUUUUACAAGAGGAACAAGAUGAGAUCACGCUGCUUUUGAGUCUUAUGAGAUCACCCAAGAACUUGGAGAUGGAUGAUAAAAAUUAUACCGAACUCAAACUUUUGCUACAAACCAAAGAUGAAUAUGAUGCUUUAAUUAAGGCAAUGAAAUCCCUAUUAACAGAACUGGAUGAGAAGAUAAUGGACAUAGAAAACAAAAUCUUGAGACAAAAACGGAUCUUGGUGAAAAUACAAGAAACCCAAAACCCCCGGAAGUUACGAAAGCAAAUUUCUAUUCUGGAGACCCAUUUGAAUCUGGUCACUGUCCACUUUGACACGAUGCUGACCACCAAUUCCAAGCUCCGGCAUGACAUAGAAGAUCUGCGGUUUGAGAAGGCAGCGUAUGACCACGUCUACCGGCAGCUCCGUCGGCAGCUUGUGAUGCAGAAGAAAACGAUGCAUGUGGCCGUUGAACAGUCUACACAAGCUUACAACCAGCGGCUGGAAGCCAUGGCCCGAAUGGCUGCCAUGAAGGAUCGACGGCAAAAAGACAUCUCCCAAUACAAAAUGGAGAUUAGAGAGCUGGAACGCAUUCAUGACCAUGAAACAAAGCUGAAGUCCUUCUUAUUCAUCAAACUUAAGGAUCGGAGUGAAUUUGAGGAACAGUUCAAAAAGGAAGAAGCCCUCAAGGCCAGCAAGCACCACAGGACACCCAAGGGAGAGAGCUUCCAGAGUUACGAGGUAGCCCACAUGCGCCUGCUCAAGCUGUCUGAGCAUGGGGACUUGGAACGAUUGGUGACAGACUUCGUGGCUCAGGAAGAGAAGAACUUUGCUCAGUUCAACUACGUCACAGAGCUGAACAAUGACAUGGAGAUGUUGAACAAGAAAAUUCAGAGUAUCCAGGAUGAAAUUUACCUAUUGAAAUCUCAGCAGCAAGUUUAUGAUGAUGAAGGCCAACGAACUGUGAGGGAAUUGGAGGAAAAACUGAAAAAAACCACAGAAGAUGCCAAUCAAAUUGAGAACACCAACAAAGAGAUCAAUAAGACCCUUGACCAGCUCAAAUCCUUUGUGGAGUUUCUAUUUAAGAAGAUCAGUUGUGAUGCUACCAAGAUUUUGGAACACUUGGGGGAGACAGGGUCUAUCACCAACAUCAAUUUGACACAGUACUUUGCAAUCAUCGAGCAGAAAACAAAUGAGCUCCUGUUAUUGGAAUCCUACAUUCGCUUUUUGGAAGGAGAAGGUGAAGUGGAAGGUGUCAGCUCUUUGAUAAACCCUUUCUGGGGUGGGUCAUCACUCCUGAAGUUACCAGAACCCCUCAAGGUCUUUGCUCCGGCCAUCACUGGCGAUACUAUGAGUGAAAAAGUAGAGGAAUCUGACCAGCCUCUAGACCACAGUGAUCUCCGUGGUCUGGUGGCAGAAAAUCUCAAUUCCAGGGAUAUAUCGGAUAAUGUACCUGAAAAGAUAGAUGACCUCAAAGGGAAGAGGAAGCCAUUGACAGCAUAG